AUGUCAUCACAGGAGACAGUUGUCAGACCCGCAGAAACGCAGCUACAUCAUGCCGUCCUAUGCUUAGCGACUAAGAAGGCCAAGUCGAAAAUCCCAGGAACUAUCAACCGAUUCGAUGAUCAUCACGCUGUACAUGUCAGUCAGAGUGACAGCAUUCAUUUCGUAGGACACUUCUUGCUAUGGCAUCGUUACUUUGUCGACACAUACGAGAAAGCUCUUCGCGAGUGUGGCUACACGGGCGGUCAGCCGUACUGGGACUACACGUUGGACGCAGAUCCCCAGAACCCUAGCUCUACCCGCAUCUACGAAUCUGAAAUCUUCGAACCAGAUACCGGUUUUGGCGGUAAUGGUGUCAAGGUCGAGCCUACCCCUGAGCAGAACUUUCUGAACCUUACUGGAGGAACUGGCGGGGGCUGCGUUCAGACUGGCCCUUUUACCCCCGAUAAGUUCAUGGUGAACUAUCCUGGCCCACCGUCCUGCCUGCGACGCGACUUCAUGCCUCCUCUCCUCAACACCUGGGCAGAUCCACAACUAGAGAAGGCGCAACUUGAAGCACCAGAUUUUGUAACCUUCGACCGCACAAUGCAAGGCUCGAAAACCGUCUUUGCUCCAAAUAUUCACGGCAGUGGUCAUUUUGGUGUUGGCGGCGUAUUAGGACAGGCUGGUGACCCUGCCAACUCUCCUGGAGAGCCAUUGUUUUAUCUGCAUCACGCCAAUCUAGAUCGCAUCUACUGGAGAUGGCAGCAGCAGGAUUUGGAGACUCGACUUCGGGAGGUAGGUGGACCUAUCGUCGCGGAGGACUACCUUGGCAAGAACGUUACGCUGGAUUUUGAGAUCAACAUUGGAAAGCUGGCACCCAGCAGGAAAUUGAAAGAUUUGAUGCAUAUUCAAGAAGGGCCGUUUUGCUACACUUAUUAG